CAUUAAUUGCUUGUCUGUGUGCUGGCUGAGUGGAGACUCAGUUCGUUGCUGUGAGCGUCAUUUUGCUGUUUUCUCGGCAAACUUUGGAUAUCUCCUUCAGGAUUUUACCAUUCAGCAGCUCCAGGAAAAGUCGGAAGACAUUAAUUGUGUCCUUCCCUGGUUUUGUGGAAAGAGUGAUGAGAAAAAAGAAAGUUAUGUGGGUGCCUUCUUGAAGCGAAUGAAAAGUGUGUGUUUGCUGUCAGUGAGAGUGGCAGCUUGAAGGUGUGUAUGUGUGUGUGCAUUGAUCCACUGCAGCAGCAUGUUGCCACCUGUGAAGAAGGACCGGGUCAUUACACAGCUCCCAAUGUGUUUUAGUCCAAAUGCAGCGCUGCACACCAAAGAUGGCUUUCACCCACAGGUGAGGGCCAUCUGCCAGGUACAGAAGACAUGCACAGUGAGCUUUAAUAUCGCCAAGGUCAUUGUGGUGGGAGAUGUUGCAGUUGGGAAAACAUGUCUGAUCAGCAGGUUCCGUAAGGGUGCGUUUGAUAAGAACUACAAAGCAACCAUAGGGGUGGAUUUUGAGAUGGAGCGUUUUGAGGUGCUCGGUGUUCCCUUCAGUUUACAGCUGUGGGACACAGCAGGGCAGGAGCGCUUCAAAUGCAUCGCUUCAACAUAUUACAGAGGAGCACAAGCCAUUAUAGUGGUGUUUGACUUGAGCAGUGUGAGCUCUUUAGCACAUGCCAGGCAGUGGCUGGAGGACGCCAUGAAGGAAAAUGACCCAUCCAGUGUUUUACUGUUCCUUGUUGGUACCAAGAAGGACCUCAGUUCUCCUGAUCAGUUGGCUCAGAUCGAGCAGGAAGCCAUCAGACUCUCUGAGGAAAUCAAAGCAGAGUACUGGGCUGUGUCUGCAAAGUCAGGAGAUGGUGUCAGGGAUUUCUUCUUCCGUGUGGCCUCUCUGACUUUUGAGGCCAGCGUUUUGUCUGAGCUUGAGAAAAGUGGCUCGAGGCACGUCGGUGACAUCAUCAGGCUCACAGACAGCGCAGAAGCUGAUCACAAACCGACCAAGAGGAAGCCCAACUGCUGCUGAUGAGAGAGAACGAACAGCCGCCUGGAUACACUGCACCGACUACACAGCAACACACUGAAAUAUGGACUCAGCGUGCACAUCAUGAAUAGCCCCCGUAAUAAGCGAUGUCAUAUCACCUAAAUGAUGUUGUAUUUGUGGUGUUCUGCAAAUGGCCUGAGAGGAAGUUGUAGGUUUGACAUAAUGAAUUAUGUCAAAGUUGAGGCUGUAAACAACAAGAAAUCCUCUAAGGAAUGUUUUCACUGCUGGCCAGGGUUACAACAAGUAAAGCUUUGUGAUAUGCUUGGUAAACAUUUAUCAAAAGAGGAAGAUUAUUCUCCACUAGAUCUUUUAUUAAACUGCAUUUGGUUGAUACUUUCAUAAACACGUGUCUGUCUGUCUGUCUGGAGCAACAUUUUUCUCACGUUAUUGGAGAAAAUGUCAGCAUCAGAACUAAUGCAUUUGUUUUGGUCUCCUCACUGGUCUCCUGUCAUGUGUCUGUGCUGCUAAUGUGAUGCAUACGCUGCCUCCCAUGACUGCAGUCAUAAUUCACAACGCAUCUCUCUCCUCUGACAUAAGGGUUCUCAUGAUCUCAAAAAUGGAGGGAUUGUUUGCAGGGACAGGAUUGAGCAGCAAGUUACAUCUGAGGUGAAUUGAUUCUCUCACUCAGUAAAGACAGGCAGAAGAAGUGUGUGUCCUUAUUAGCAUGCAUAUGUUCUCUCGUCGCUUAUUAAACACAAGAUAUACUUUUAUUAUAGCUCAGAUUAUGAAUUGUAAAUAAACUGUUUUGAUCAGUG